AUUAAUCCGAUAUUUAUGCGAUUAAUACUACACUUUAUCAUUUAUCUGUAAGAGUUUUAUGCCAGCUGUUAGAAAUUUCAGGAAUUUAAUUAUUCAUUAUUAUAACGUUAAAGGCAUCAGCAAGCUUGCCUUCCGGUGGAUCCAGCGUUGUUCGAUGCUCGUCUCCUUCCCUUGCGAUCCACAGCGGAAUAUCUCGAAACUAAUCACUGGCGACGCGAACAGCUGAUUACGCGGAACCACGUGCGAGCGCGCGACAUAAAGCGAUUUCCACGAGACGAAAGGACGUUGAAACGCUAUGGCUCGUAAAAUACCAGCGAAAAAGCACCGAGGUGUCAAGGACCCUGAGAAGCAGCGUGCCAAACGGCUGACGGAGUUAGAGUCGCGUACAAAUGCGCCACCGAAGGACGCGGACGAACAACCGAUCCCAAAGAGCCUGGAGCACGUCAUCAAGCUUAAGGAAGCCGCAAAGAAUAAUAAUGGCAUUGUGAAAAGAAAACGAAAAAAGAAGAAUGCGCUGAUCUGUGUGGGUCAGCAACACUCGCGACCGAGUUUACAUUCGAAAGCCAGACCGGAGAAAGUCGUGCCAGUGUUUCAACAGCGACCGGGAGAGUCUGGAAGACUCUUCCUAAACAGAGUGUCCAGAGAUACGGAAGCCUUCCUCAAGGAGACUGCAUUCGAGAAGAAAUAUGGCGUUCAAAUUGAGCGGGAUCCCAAUACUGGCGAGGUACAAGGUCUGACAAAAUGCAAACGUCAGAGGGACGACGUGGAAGCGUUACGAAUGAAGCACAAGAAUAUCAGGAAGCGGAAAAAGAUAAAUGAAGAAGAGUCCGUGACUUUAACGAAGAACGAAAAGCGAAAGCUCAAGUCGCGUUUAAAGAAAGAGAACAAGUUGCAAGAGGAUGACGGAUUUGACAAAUUUCAGGACAGAGUUGCCUUCGGCGAAGUAGCCCACGAACCUCCUAAACUGACAAUUAAAACGACAAAAAUGAGCCGAGAGAGAAAGCCAAAGGAACUGCUGCUGAAUUCACUGCUGCAAGGUACCAACAAGGUUUCCUCCGCUCGUGUACUCUAUCGGUCUGCAAAGAGGAAGAAAUUGCCGGCGGUGGAAAGGAAAAUACUGGAAAAACAGCAGAGCGAAGCUAUUGCUGCCUAUAGGCGGCUGAAAUCUCAGCGGCUGGCUAACAGAAGCUCUUAGGGUAUGUUUCAAGUUUAUAAAGACAAUAAAUUGUGUUUCAAUAAAGUAUAUAUAUUUACA